GAGCAGGCGAUGUACGACACCGUGCUAGAGCAUUUCUCUGCCGGCUCCUACGUCCUCCCAAACGUGGAUGAGAACGGAGAGUUGACGCCAGCUGAGAAGUUCUGGCUUUCUCGCGAGUGCCUAUUACGUUAUUUACGCGCCACGAAAUGGAAAGUACAACCUGCGAUAACUAGACUAGAAGCAACACUGAAAUGGAGACGUGAAUACGGUCUUUACGAUACCGUCAACGCUGCCCACGUCGAGCCUGAGGUGUUCACAGGGAAAGAGAUUCUAUUCGGCUACGACGUCAAGGGCAAACCCGCCUUUUACAUGGUGCCCAGCCGCCAAAACACCACUGAGCCAACUCGCCAAAUCCAAUUCGCAGUCUGGAUGCUAGAACGAGGCGUUGACCUCAUGGAACCCGGUGUAGAAACCCUCGCCCUCUUGAUAAACUUCGCCGAUAAAGCAAAAAAUCCCUCACUGAGCACCGCCCGAACGGUGCUCAACAUUCUGCAGGAGCACUACCCCGAGCGCCUGGGCCUAGCACUGGUAAUCAACGUUCCUUUCCUUGUCAAUGCCUUCUUCAAGAUAAUAAUGCCCUUCGUCGACCCAAUUACACGAGAAAAAGUCAAAUUUAACCCAGACAUCAUCAAAGAUGGGCUAUUCGUCAAGGAUAUGGUCAUGAGCGAGUGGUGGGGCGGGGAUAGGGAUUUCGAGUACGUCCACGAGAAGUAUUGGAACGAGCUUGUGGGGAUGUGUGAGGAGCGCACAGGGAGGUGGAGAACGAGAUGGGAGGAGCUUGGUGCAAAGGUGGGGAUUAGCGAAUGG